UCUUUACAGACACCAGAGCUUCUGUACAAGUCACUUGCAGCAAAACUUGUCGUGGGCAUGCCAUUUAAGGAUCUGGCAACAGUUGACUCGAUCUUAUUGAGACAACUACCACCUGUUGACGACGAUGAUUCUCGUCUGGCUCUCAAAAGGUUGAUAGAUGUAAGUAUGGGUGUUAUAACGCCAUUGUCAGAGCAGCUUACGAAACCAUUACCAAAUGCCAUGGUUAUGGUAAAUUCAAAGGAAUUAUCAACUAGUGCAUACAAGCUUUUGCCAGAAGGUACACGCUUGGUUGUCUCGGUCCGUGGUGAUGAACCCUAUGAAGAUAUGGAUCUUCUCAAAGGCCUUGAUGUUACAAUGCUUUUUUAUGACCUGCCAUUCAGUGAAGAGAAAAUAAGCCGAGUGCAUGCAGCAAGGAGGCUUUAUGAGUAUCUGGGAGACAAUGAUCUAAACUUUCCUGUAAUACACCAUAUUCAGUUUCCAAGUGGAAUUCAUAGGUGGGCAUGCUCCAGGAUGGCAAGAUGUGCAGCCUCAUGAUCCUCAAGUUCAAGAUGCAGCCAACCAUGUUGUGAAGAGCCUUCAACAAAAGUCCAAUUCAUUGUUCCCUUAUGAGCUUCAAGAGAUUGUCCAUGCUAAGAUUUGAAAGGGGUUUUCUUGGUCUUCAUAGAUGCAUAUAAACACGGUGCAUUUUUAGUUGUUCUGGUGCUAUACUUGGGGAGUUCAGUUUGUUUUCCAAAUUAUCCUUUGUACUAUAAAUGAAAUUUUAAUCAUUCAUGCUCUUUUUUUCCUAAUGAAAUUACCUUCUACAAAUGUUUACCUUUUAAUAUGUUUUGGUGCAUUUUUGGGUUUGUACCUUAUACAUGUGUUAUAAAUCAACUUCACUUGACCCUAAAUCUAAUAUCAUAUUGUUCAAAUAAAGGAUGGUGCAUAGUUGGUGCUGGGAAGGCAGGUGGAGAGCUAGAUUUGAUCCCACAUCCCACCACUUCCUGAUAUUAAUCCUGAUUUCUCUCAAGUAUUAUGUACCAAUUCAUUAUCAAAGUACUAGGUCGAUCAUUUUACUUUUGGGUUUAGUGAACAUAUGCCACUUUGGCUUUUAGGUUUCAUGAUUUUGUGGAACAAUGACUAAUAUGAAUGCAUCUUGGUGGAUCCAUUUGAUGA